ACGCCAUCGAAAACGAGAGGUACCGGUAUCUGAACUCAAUAAUCCGACCACUCAGAUCUAAUGCCGCUGAAAUCGCACAAGGCUGUACUUGUAUAUAUAUAUUUAGCAAUAUAUCUAGCAGGUCCAACACAUUCCGACUUCGGUUUCGCUUUCGAAGUCGGCUUAAACUUGGCACCUGUUGCGGUCAGAGCAACACUCGCCUACACUGUCGCACAAAGUUCCGAUCGAAUAUAACCGAAUAGAAUCGAAAAUGGUUUGUGGCCGAAAGUGCUGUUUGUUUUGCCUGUUCAUGAGCUGCUGGGCCUUCGUGAUGCUGAAUCUCCUGGGCAUUUUCUUCUAUAUCCGGUCACUGAAUCUGCUGGAAUCCCUGCCCCUGCCCCACCACUUCAACAGUCGGAAGGAAUUUCAGGAGCAGGCCGACGCGGCCUACCUCGAAGUGUCCAUCCGAUGCUUUGUGGCCGCCGUCGUCUAUCUGGGAUUCAUAAUCAUCUCGAUAGUGGCCAUCCGCCGUGACAUCAAGAAGAGGAAGCGGCUCUACAAACGAGGUCCUCUGCGACCCCUUCGCUGAUCGUUGUGUUCUGUGUGUUCACUAUGAUUGGUUACUGAAUAAACUAUAUAUUUUCAUGGU